GUUUAAAAGGUUUUUGAACACGAGUAGUAUACGCAAAUGUGACAGUAAAACAAGAAUUAAUUUAUUUUGUCAUAUAUAUUUUCUGCAGCUACAUUUGGUAACAGAGGGUUGUCUUGAGUAAGAGUGCUUAGAAGAAAAGAGAUUUUAAGAGAGGAAGAAAGAAGAGAAGAGAAAGAAAAAAGCAGAAUAGCAAAGUUUGGUUUUUGGUGUUUCUACUGCUGCAAUAUAUAUUAUACGCAAUUUUGUACAAUUGCAGAAAAAGUUAACUCCAAAAUUUUUUUAUAUUUGCUUAACCUAGUGUAUAAAAUCACGCAAAAGUUAGUUCCUGAAUGUUGUCUUUUCAUUGUGAACUUAGUGUUUUGCCCCGAAGAAUUUUUUUACUUUAGUGGAUUCGUUUUAUGUUGGGCCGCACAUCAAUAAUGACGUAAAGAAGUUCAAAGCAGAAACUUAAAGAUUACGUAUAGCUCAAAGCAGACGCUGAAAGCAAUGGAUAUGGAAAGCUGAGAAGGCGACGAGAUGUCAAUGCAACAGGUGCUUCUGAUCUUGAAAAUCUGUUUGGUAUGAUCAAGAGAAAAGAAAAUAUAGACUCAAUCUAUGAAGAACUAACCAAGAUCGUACAAAACAUCUUUCUUGCGCUUCCAGAGGAACAAAUAUGCAAGACUGUGGCGAAAUGUAACUGCACAAGCCAACCUGGACCGAUGGGUCCGUCAGGUCCACCAGGUCCUCCAGGACCACCAGGUAAAGAAGGAGAAAGAGGACUUGGCUUGUUUUUUCCAAGACUCCAAGAAAAAGAUUUGUAUCCUGUAGCCAAUGAAAGUGAUGACAAAAUUCUAAAAUGUCAAUUCUUUGGAAACCCUAUACCGGCUGUAAGAUGGGAGCACCAUUUCACAAACACAAAUGUGACCAUUGAGACUGAUCCUCACGAAUCGUUUAUUUCAUCAUAUUUACAUGUCAAAAACAUCACGUGGGAUGAUCGUGGCAACGUCACCUGUAUCGCUGAGAGUAUCUUAGGAGAUGCAAAUGCUACUGGUUACCUUACUGUGCAUGCUGCUCCUAUUAUACAUCUACCAAAUGGUCCAAUUUAUGCAAAUCUUCGCUCCAACUUUAAAUUUCCUGAAUGUAAAGUAGUUUCAAACCCACAAUCUAAAAUAACAUGGAAACGAGGAUAUGGAAAACUACCUGCUGGACGACAUCAGACAGACGAAGGUUUGCUAGAAAUUUUCAAUGUGCGUGUUGAAGAUGAAGGCUAUUACGUUUGCGAAGCAGAAAAUUAUUUAGGUAAAGCCAUACAAAGCAUACAGUUAAAAUCGAGACCAUUGCAAUUCACCAAAAAGCCAGCAUUCCUUUCCGAAGUAGUCACUUCAUCAAAAGUUAUUAAUUGUUCUGCUUUGGGUACACCGAAAAACAUGUCUGGCAAAGUCAUGCUUCUUGAUGACAAGAAAGAAAUUCCAGUCACCGUAUCCACAACCGAGACUUCCUUUACGCUGACUGCAGAAAUUACGAAACCUGGCAUUUAUAAGUGCGUUAUUCAAGAAUUUGAACAGAUCAUUGAAAGCAGUUUCAGCAUCAAAUUCUUUACGUUACCUUCUUCGAUUUUAACAAAGAAGCAGUCAGAAGUUCUUGCAGGAUGGCUGAAGGAGGAAGAGGCGUUUGGCAAAUAUGCGUUGUGUUGGAAGGGAACAAGAGAUAACUGGAAAGCCUCCACGUUUCAUACUCUUUGUGAUUACAAAUCGCAUACCGUUACCAUCUUUAAUUACUCUAACGGGUGGAAAAUCUUUGGAGGAUAUUCCGACAUUGCAUGGAGCUCUUCUUCAACUUCCCUAACCAGCUCAAAAGCUUUCCUCUUCAGUUUAAGUCUCCAGACGAAGAAAACUCUGAUCAAAAGUGGAUCACAAUCGAUUUGCUAUUCCCGCAGCUACGGACCCUGUUUUGGACGGGACGAAUUAAGAGUCGGAACUAAGAAAUCCAUCUAUGGAACUUACUAUGACGAUGCAACUAAAAUCAAUUACUUUAAACGUAAUUUGGGUAAAAGCUUUAAUGUAACUGAAAGUAUUCCAAGUAGAGAUCAACUGACAGAGUUGGAAGUGUUUUACAGGGUAUUUAACUGAUUGAUAUAAAACAUCUUGUGCAUCUUAACCCAUUAGACUCCGUAGCUUUUUUUUGACUACCUGUUCCCUCUACGUUGGUGAACGUAAGCAUUAACGGAGAGAAAGUUUGAUUUUCUUUCGUAUCUUGAUAUCUCAAAAUUAAAUCAUCACGCUAUGGCUAGUAUGUGGCAUGUCAGCAUCUUUUCCUUGCUGCGACGCCGAUUUGCUUCCUUUCGAGUCUAAUGGUUAAAUGCAACCUUUAUUUUGUUAUAGUAUAAGAUUUCCACAAUUCUUAUUGAUUUUUUAUAUACUUUUUUAAUUAAAUACUUUGUAAGGUCUCAGAAAAUUAGUGUGAUUGGUACAAUAAUGAUGAUGUGUUCAAAUCAUGUAAAAAUUGAUAAUGAUUCUUUGAUGGUUUGUUUUUUAAAUUCCGAAUAGAAAUUUUGUUUAUUGUAGUUUAUAUUAGAAAUUAUAACAAAUGACACUGUUACUGAAAAAUCUAUUAUCUUGAA